AGUGUCGCUCUCUCCCAGUACUCCCAGUGUCGCUCUCUCAGCUCUCCUCCUCUCCCCAGUGUCUCUCUCCAGUGUCUCCCCAAUCCCUCUCCCCAAUCCCCUCCCCAGCCUCACUCUCCCCAAUCCCCCUUCCCAAGUGUCUCUCUCCCAUCACUCCCCAGUGUCUCUCUCCAGUGUCUCCCCAAUCCCUCUCCCCAGUGUCUCUCCCACCUCUCCCCAAUCCUCCUCCCCAGCGGCACUCUCCCCAAGCCCCUUCCCCAGUGUCCCUCUCCCAUCACUCCCCAGUGUCUCUCCCCAAUCCCCCUCCCCAGUGUCUCUCUCCCCAGUGUCUCUCUCCCAUCACUCCCCAGUGUCUCUCCCCAAUCCCCCUCCCCAGUGUCUCUCUCCCAUCACUCCGCACAGUGUCUCUCCCCAAUCCCCCUCCCCAGUGUCUCUCUCCCCAGUGUCUCUCUCCCAUCACUCCCCAGUGUCUCUCCCCAAUCCCCCUCCCCAGUGUCUCUCUCCCCAGUGUCUCUCUCCCCAGUGUCUCUCCCCAAUCCCCCUCCCCAGUGUCUCUCUCCCAUCACUCCGCACAGUGUCUCUCCCCAAUCCCCCUCCCCAGUGUCUCUCUCCCCAGUGUCUCUCUCCCAUCACUCCCCAGUGUCUCCCCAGUGUGUCUCUCCCAGCUCUCCCCAAUCUCGGGUCGAUAUUUCCCGGAACGCCACGUGACUCGGCUUGGUGGGCUUUGGCUGGGCCGGCUUGCGGAGUGCGGAUUAGCGACGCAAGGCACUGCUACGAGAGUACAAGCGUGGUGUGCGUAGGGUGGAGUGGCCGAGCGAGGACGAUGAACCAGGCUGCGGAGUCUGGGCCAUGGGAGCGGAAGGAGCGGCUGGGUGCCGGGGGCUUUGGCCAUGUGUGCAUGUGGCAGAACAAGGACAAUGGAGAGCAGCGAGCUGUCAAGACCUGUCGGAUGGAACUGAGUCCCAGGAAUCGGGAGCGAUGGGUUCUGGAGAUUCAGAUCAUGAAGAGGCUGAACCACCCAAACGUGGUGUCAGCACGCGAGGUUCCCGAGGAGAUGGAGAAGGCGCUGGGUCCCAGGGACCUGCCCCUGCUCGCCAUGGAGUACUGCUCCGGCGGAGACCUGCGCAAGGUGCUGCUGAAGCCAGAGAACUGCUGCGGGAUGAGGGAAUGUGACGUCAUGGCCGUCAUCUACGACAUCUCCCAAGCAGUGCAGUAUCUGCACACCAACCGCAUCAUCCACCGCGACCUGAAGCCCGAGAAUAUCGUGCUGCAGCAGCAGCAGGACCGGGUCAUCUACAAGAUUAUCGACCUGGGCUAUGCCAAGGAGCUGGACCAGGGCAGCUUGUGCACCUCCUUCGUGGGGACUCUGCAGUACUUGGCCCCCGAGCUGUUCGAAGGGCAGAAGUACACGGUGUCGGUGGACUACUGGAGCUUUGGCACCGUCGUGUUUGAGUGCAUCACCGGAUUCCGCCCCUUCCUGCCCAACAUGCAGCCCGUGCAGUGGCACAGCAUCGUGAUACGGAAAGGCCCCCACGACAUUGUGGCUGUGGAGGAGAUGAACCGAGAUAUCAAGUUCUCCAGCCACAUCCCAGCGCCCCACAACCUUAACUCUGUGUUGGCGGUGCAGCUGGAGCACUGGCUGCAGCUCAUGCUCUUCUGGAACGCUCGGCAGAGGGGCGGCCCUGUGGAUGAAGGCACGGGACGGCCCACGUGCUUCCUCAUCCUCGACACCAUCCUCACGAGCAAGACGGUGCACAUCCUCAACAUGGUGACGGGGGAGGUGCUGGCGUACACGGUGCGGCCCGAUGAGUCCCUGCAGCACCUGCAGGAGCAAGUGAUGGCAUCCACCACCAUCCCCGUGGCCGACCAGGAGCUGCUGUUUGAGACGGGCAUCAUGCUGGACCCUCGCAAGCCCGUGGACCAGUGCCUGCCCGAGGGUUGCUGGAACAUGUCGCUGGUCUACCUGUUCGACAAGAGCAGGGAAGAAUACGGAGUUCAGUUGAGGGUUCCCAAAAUACCUGACCUCGUUAGCUACAUCGUGUCCGAGUCGAAGACGCUGCUGUCGUACAUGCAGCAGCGCAGGGCGUUUGGCCAGGCCUACCACUACGUGCGCAGCAUGAAGGAGCACCUGGGCCGCCUGCAGCAGGGACAGAGGGCCGCCAUGCUCAGCCUCCUGCGCUACAACAGCAGCUUGACGAAACUGCGCAGCUUCACGGCCGCCCUGGCUCAGCAGCUCAAGGCCAAGCUCGAGUUCUUCCUCAGCAGCCUUCAACUCGACCUGGAGAAAUACGAGGAGCAGAUGAACUCCGGCAUCUGUGAGGGCAUGCCGAGUGGGCUCGAAGCCUCAAAGAAGAUGCACAGCGCGUGGCUGGAAAUGAAGGAGAAGGCCAAGGCGCUGGUGCAGAACACGGAGGUGGUGGAGGUGGACGAGAAGCUGCUGGCCGUGCAGGGACAGAUCGUCGCACUGCAGCGCAGCCCCACAGCGCGGCGGCAAGGCGACGUGCUGGAGAACACGGAGCAAAAGGCAAUGGAGCUGUACAAACAACUGCGAGAGAAGCCGAGCGACCAACGUGUGUAUGGAGACAGCGUGGAGAUGGUGAAGCUGAUAAUACAUGCCGUGCAGAACUUGGAGAAACUCAUGAAGGAGCUCUGCCUCUUCCUAGGUAAGAUGGUGGUUUGUAAAAAUGAGAUCAGCUCGCUGAUGCCACGCCUGGAGGAGUCUGUGGAGUGCAUGAAGGAGGCGGACCGCGCCCUCACACGCAUGCAGGACAAGCGGCAGAAGGACAUCUGGUCGCUGCUCAAGUUCGCCAUGGCUAAGAGCAAGCAGUCUCCUAUGAGCGCCAGCCCGGACUCAGGCUCCCUGGGACAGGUGCCCCUGUGGCCAUCUUCGCCGCCCGGCGCCAGCACAACCUCCGCUUCCUCCAGCUCCGCUAACGUCAACGGCGUCGCCAGCGCUGCUGCCGCGGUGGCUCCCUCCGGCCCCACCCCCGGCCCCACCACCCCCAACUCCUUGCACUCCAUGGCUGCCGAGCGAUGUGAGGCGUCUCUGAUGUUGAUCGCUGAGGGCCACAGCCAGAUGAGCCGCUGCGUCGAUGUCAUCCAGGAGACUCUGCGUGAGCAGAAGCUGGACCUCAAGACCUUGGACUGGAGCUGGCUCUCAAGCUAGCGACUGGAGUCGCCACACACACACGUGUCACAUGGAGCAGGAGAAGACGAGCAGAACCGGCGGAUGGGUUUUGCUAUGGCUUGGGCAGGACACGCGCACCACCAGCAGUUUGGUGUUGGACUUGGGCGCUCUGUAGCUUUAUCGCCUCGCGUUAUCUGCAUGUGAGGACUUGCGUGAACCCUUUCAAAUGCAACAAAUGAAAAAACACUAUUUUUUAACUGCUGUAUAUUACAUUUUUGGACUUUCUCUCUUAACCUCUUUUUAUAUUUUUUUGACAAGACUAUGUAGAAAUGAGGUGGCUGCGGCUCAGCUGGUUCAUGGUGUAGAAAUGUCUUAGAAUUAAUAAAACAAAUCUAAAUAGAAUCUUCUGUUCCACAGUACGUACUGCCAGUAUUGAUGGUGACACGCUAGAUAACGUUCCCUCGACUGGUUCGUAGCUCAAAUCGUCGUUGAUUUAAUUGCCAAUAAAGCUCUAUCGGUAAAAUUCCCAUUGGCUCGAAUUUGAUACAGAGGUUUAGGUUCAUUAUGACAGUGUCGAGGAUUACUGGACCGUUUUACAAUGUAAUUUGAUUGUGUAUUAUUGGUUCAAACAUGUCGAUGGUCUGCCAUUCCGGUGUUGCAAUUUGAGGGGUUUAUACGUCAGGGAUGGCAUUGAAACGUGCGUCUUUCUAGCCAGGUUGAAAACGUCACAUUUAAGAGUUGGGAGAACCGAGCUCAAUGUUUGAGUUGUAGGUUUUGAUAAAUGGUGCCUUGUAGGCUGGUUUUAGGUUUUGGCAGCGCACGCAAGCUCAUGGCCUUCGACCUUUGCUUCGGAGUUGAGAUUGGUGGUGUAGCCACGCAGGUUUUAUCACGCGCUUGAAGCCUCUCCUGCGGCUGCAGGGGCGGCACGGUGCGCAGGAGGUGGCAGAAGGACAACGUGGGUCUGGGACCCAUCUGUGCAGGGUUUUAAAAGUUUUUUUGUGUUUUUUGUCCUCCCAGUGACUGGCCACAACAACCCCAAUGCAGGACCAACCUCCCCCCCCCCUAAAAGCCUGGAGGCUCACUGAUAUGUUCUGUGAUAAAUAAAUAAAUUUUAUUCCUGUUGUUUCCAACAGUUUGAGAGGUAGGUGGACUGGCUUUGCGAUUAACCUUCAUUGUGGGAACUGUUGAGGUGGAGAAUUGUGCCUGAAUGAAAUGUACCUAGAACAUCAAAGUGUGCCGUGUUCAGGAUGUUUAAUCAAAUGCCGCUAUGAUCCGAUACGUAAGGCAAGUUUAGAGGGUUGGAGACGUGACCUGGUUGUUGGUGGUGGUUAUCAGUAGAGUUAUCUUUGUACAGGAACAUUUUGACAGUGCUGCAAUAUGUGUAUAAACCUCCACCGUAUUAUAGAACUCUGUGAUGCGUUAGGUGCACGAGUUCCUCUGACACGGUUUUUGUUUUAUGUUGCCGUUCGUGUUAUUUCUGUAAAUUUAAAUACCCGUUCUUAUGGACGUCAUUGAUUGCAUUGCAUGGGGCUUUCCUACGCUCGCUAUUGUAUGUUAUAAUAUUAAAAUGUGGAUUUAAGAAGAUGAAAUGCAUUGGGUUAAGUGUAGUGUCUAAACUACAAUCCUCACACGACUCCUUACGGUAUUUACAUACAUGUAACUCCAUAACACACUCAUGUAACUCAAAAUAUAACACUCUCAAAUAUCUUCUUGGUUCUUUCGGUAAAGUCACGUAGAAGGGA